GGACCUGUAAAUACAUCUCAUUCACCAGUCAGUAUCGCCGGAAAAUAAUUUUUCUUGAACAAGACGGUUACCGCCGUGCUUCAUUUUGCGCCAAGCUGGUGAUUGCUUUAUAGCCAGUUUCACAAUGCUAGAACUGCGAAGAUGUUUUGUGACAGAUAGGUGCACUCUUUUUGUUCUUUCCAUCGUGGAAAUUCUGUUGGCUGUUCUGGGAUUUUCCGCAAAUCUCUACUCCCUGUUUUAUGGAGCGCUGUUUGUGGUCAACAGUUUCCCUAUCGCCCAGUUCCUGGCGUUCAUCCUGUCCAUUCCAGUGUACGGUUUCCAAUUGGUUAACGGCUGCUGUCUCACCGUAUGUUGUAUACGCGUUUUUCGCGGCAACCAAGACCCGGCAGACUUCGGAAAAGGUCAUGAUGGACGCUGCACCUGCUUGGUCGUAUGCUGCAUAUUCUACCUCGUGAUACUGAUCGGUAGCGGACUCGCCCAGUUCACGUUCCGCGCCGAGCCAUUCGUAAAGUCACUGGGCGUAUGGGGUUCCAUCCAUCACGUGUUCCAGGUCGACCUCGCCGGACAGCUGGUCUUGCUGGGAACAAUUGCUCUACUAGUCAGCGCUAUAGUUGUGGCAAUGUCUAUGGGCUGGCGUAGUGCUGUUGUUUACCACGAACUUGAAUGUGUCAGAAAUCAGGAAGUGCUUUUUGGCUCGUCGGAAUCGGAGAAUGUAACACCGGCACCGUACAAGGACGUCCUAAUUAUAACCCGAGGUCAAGACUUUUUCUCUACAAUCUGCACUCUGCCCGACGCCAUUUAAUCAAGAUGACGGGCGCACGAGAGCAUGGAUUUGCGCGAUGCGCAUGAGUAUAGGCUAGUUUUAUAAAGCGUUUUAAAUGUUUACCGUUAUUAACGCUGUCCUGUCGAAUCGCUUUAUAAAAUGUAAACCAAACAAUUCAUUAUGGCACUGUUAACAUAGUGGUGUGUUUUAUUAUGCUAAGGUGUGUAUAACCUUUAUAUAACGGCUUUCAGAUGCUCGUAUAUUGUCG